UAGUUGAGAAUAAAAUCCAACCACCAAAGCCUACCAACCCACUCUUCCCUCCCUUCCCCAAAAGCCUUCUAUUUCUAUUGAAUCUUCCAGUUUUAUUUGCUCAAAUCUCUUCAUUUCCUUCCAAUUCUACCCUCUUUCUUUUAUUUGUUUCUUUUCUUCUCUUAGUUUAAUUUUUCAAAGCUGUUAUGGCUUCUUCCAUUACAUCUAAGCCUUUCCUUGGAGCUACUAAACCCAACUCUUCUCUUUCUUCUGAUCUUCAAAGACUCUCUUUUGCCUCUCUUCAUAUCUCAAUCAAACCAAGAACCCUCAAAAAGCUUCAGAUACAGGCAGCUGGGAGCACAUUUGGAAAUUAUUUCCGUGUUACAACAUUUGGAGAAUCUCAUGGAGGUGGUGUUGGUUGUAUAGUUGAUGGAUGUCCUCCUAGGAUUCCUCUCUCAGAAUCUGAUUUGCAAGUUGAUCUUGACCGAAGGAGGCCAGGUCAGAGCCGAAUUACUACCCCUAGGAAAGAGACUGACACAUGCCGAAUAUAUUCUGGAGUUUCAGAAGGAGUGACUACUGGAACACCAAUCCAUGUUUUUGUACCAAAUACUGAUCAGAGAGGACAUGAUUACAAGGAAAUGUCGAUAGCUUAUAGGCCCUCUCAUGCUGAUGCCACUUAUGACAUGAAAUAUGGUGUCAGAGCAGUGCAGGGUGGUGGUAGAUCUUCUGCCAGAGAAACCAUUGGAAGAGUUGCCUCCGGAGCUAUUGCUAAGAAAAUCCUCAAGCAGUUCUCAGGAACUGAGGUUCUCGCUUAUGUCUCACAAGUUCACCAGGUUGUGUUUCCAGACGGUCCAGUUGACCAUGCUACUGUAACUCUUGAUCAGAUAGAAAGUAAUAUUGUAAGGUGCCCACAUCCUGAAUAUGCUGAGAAAAUGAUUGCUGCUAUUGAUGCUGUUCGAACGAGAGGAGAUUCUAUUGGUGGUGUUGUCACAUGCAUAGUGAGGAAUGCCCCACGUGGGCUUGGUUCACCAGUUUUUGAUAAGCUUGAAGCAGAGCUUGCUAAGGCUGUAAUGUCAUUACCUGCAACUAAAGGAUUUGAAUUUGGCAGUGGAUUUGCAGGUACUUUUCUAACUGGCAGUGAACAUAAUGACGAGUUCUUUACUGAUGAACAUGGAACAGUAAGGACUAGAACAAACCGCUCCGGUGGGAUACAGGGAGGAAUAUCCAAUGGGGAAAUUAUAAAUAUGAGAGUUGCUUUCAAGCCAACAGCCACUAUCAGUAAAAAGCAGCAUACAGUGACUCGAGAAAAGGAAGAGAUCGAACUGUUGGCUCGCGGUCGUCAUGAUCCUUGUGUUGUCCCUCGAGCUGUGCCGAUGGUGGAAGCCAUGGUAGCAAUGGUUCUGGCGGACCAGUUGAUGGCACAACAUGGACAGUGUAACUUGUUCCCGAUCAACCCCGAAUUACAGGAGCCUUUGAGCUUUAGUUUCCCCAACUUUGAGCCGGCAAAUAUCUAAACCUGAAUGGUGGCAAAGUCACUGUUGAGUUUUCAUAAUACCAAGUGUUUUGAAUGAGAAUGUUGUGGUCUCUAUACCCCAUUGCUGUUUCUUUUGUAUUUGUUAUGUGGUUUUCUUGAUAAUUACAUGAUAAUUUAGUAUUUUAUAUUUACUACUAUCUGAUUUAUUUUCCCCUUAGCUUGUAAACAACUUAUAACAGUAAAAAAUGUUUAGAUUUUUCGUU